AGGUGUAUAAAAGUCAUGAAGUUGCGGGAAGUAUGCAUUUAGUGGUCAAGAAAUGUGGACCGUAUCUGGUUUAGUUAGGCUUCUCCUCGGGGCAAUCCUGAUGGCAGCAGCUUCAUCUGCACAAGGCAACGCUUCAAAGAACGUUGUGUGCUACCAGGGCACGUGGUCCGUUUAUCGACCUAGUCAGGGCAAGUUCGGCGUGGAAGAUAUUGAUCCGUUUUUGUGCACCCAUCUUAUUUACGCCUUCCUGGGCAUCGAGGAGACUGGCCAGCUUCGGGUGAUUGACGCUUAUCUGGAUCUUGAGGAGAAUGGUGGACGCGGAAAUAUAAAGAGCUUUAAUGCCCUCAAGCUGAAGAAUCCUGUGUUAAAGACGCUCGUGGCCGUGGGUGGUUGGAACGAGGGGUCCAAGAGAUUCUCCUUAGUGGCCCGUGAUCCCUUGAAGCGCGCCAAGUUCGUGGAUGAUGUGGUCAGGUUUUUGCAGCGCCAUGGUUUCGAUGGCCUGGAUCUGGAUUGGGAGUACCCUGGCCAGCGUCACAGCCUGGAAAACGACGAUCGCUCAAACUACAUUACCUUUUUGAAGGAGCUGAAGGAGGGCUUGGAACCCUUUGGUUUCCUGCUCAGUGCUGCUGUGGGUUCCGCACAAUUCUCCGCUGAAAUAUCGUACGACAUUCCGGCUAUUGUCCCGUAUCUGGACCUCAUUAAUGUGAUGGCCUACGACCUCCACGGACCGUGGGACAAGGUGGUGGGCAUCAAUGCUCCCCUGUAUGCUGCUGAAAGGGAUGAAAGUGAUUCUACCGGGCGACAACAGCAGCUGAACGUGGACGCCGUUGUCAAGUAUUGGCUGCUAGCAGGUGCUCCGCCUGAAAAGCUGAUCCUAGGAGUUCCUUUCUACGGCCGCUCCUUCACGUUAGCAUCUGCCUAUGACAAUCAGCCAGGAGCGGCGCAUAUCGGCAAGGGUAUUGCAGGAAACUAUUCCCGCGAACCGGGCGUCCUGGGUUACAACGAGCUCUGUGAGAUGAUGAAGCAGGAGGAGUGGACACAGAAAUGGGAGGCCACGCAGCAGGUGCCUUACGCUUACAGGCAGCGCCAGUGGGUGGGUUACGAAGACCCACGUAGCUUGGCGCUAAAGGCGCGGUACGUGAUGGACCACCACCUGGGUGGCAUAAUGGUCUGGUCCCUGGAAUCGGAUGACUUCCGCGGCACCUGCGGUCAGCAGCCCUAUCCCCUGCUGCACGAAAUCAACCGUGUGCUCUUCGGCGGCAACACCCCAUCUGGUUUGACCACCGAAUCGAACAGGAAAACGACUAGUGAAGGAUUCAGUUGUCCAGCUGAUGCGCCCGAAGGAUAUGUUCGUGAUCCGGACAACUGCUCCAAGUUCUACUAUUGCAGUGGCGGCAAGACCCACAACUUUGAUUGUCCCACUGGGCUGAACUUUGACCUUGACACCAACAGGUGCAACUACUCUGGAUCAGUAAAGUGCUAG